AUGAAUACGACAACUACCCCAGAGCAAGCUAACCUUCAUACCCUGAACUUCUGUUCGCUGCUCGAUGGAGACGUCACCGAGCAAGCGAACCUGCUCUCCGCUUGCGAAGACCAUGGCUUCUUUUACCUAGAUCUUCGCGAUUGGGAAUCUGACAAGAUUCUGAAAACGCUAGAGGAUGCGUGGGUAGUGAUGAAGCAGUGGUUUGAUCAGUCGCUUGAAGAGAAGAUGAAGACUGAGACCAUCUCUGAUGCUCACGGGUUCAAACCGCCGGGCGUACAGUCGGGAGUCAAUGAGAACACGCGCGACGGAUUUGAAGCUCUGAGAAUCAGCCGCGUCGGCCUUCUCAACCGCUCGCAUCUACCGGUCGUUGUGCACGAGAACCUCCAACUCUUCGAAACUCUCCAACUUUCCGCCCAUUUCCUCCUAAAAACCCUUCUAUCCCGCCUCUCCAACGCCGCCGGCCUUCAAGACGAAGAACGAUUCGAGAACUGUCAUCCCGACCAUCUGCCCUCCAAAAGCACAAUGUUCUUCAUCCACCAUCCCCUCAGCGACCUUCUAACCGACAAAACAGCCCGCGGCCACAACGCCCACACAGACGUUGGAUCAUUCACCCUUCUCUUUACCGAACAGCCUGGCUUACAAGUAAUCUCACCUACCACUAAUAAAUGGGAAUAUGUCGCUACAAAACCAGGCCAUGCGAUUAUCAACGUCGCUGAUACACUUCGCUUUAUUUCUAAGCGACGCUUUAGAUCGGCUAUGCAUAGAGUCCUGCCUCCGGGCGGUAAGAUGAUGGAGGAUAGAUACUCGGCUGCUUAUUUCUUGCGGGCUAGUGAUGGUGCUGUUUUCAAGGGGAUGGAUGGGGAUGAGGUCACGGAGGAGGAGUGGUUUCUUAGUAAGUAUAGUAGUCUUAAUAAGACUAUGGAGGAGCAGAGGGUUGAUUCUGUUGCUACGGGUGGUAUGGAUAAGGAUCUUGGGUUGGAGCCUCAACAUUCACCACAAUCCAACGAUGCAGAGAGUGCUUCUUCGAAAGAUGAACCAUCGACCAGAUAUCUCGUCGCUGUUUUCGGCAGUGUCUUCAUCGGCGUUUUCCUCGCUGCCCUCGACACCACCAUCGUCGCUACCCUCUCCGUUCCCAUCUCCAACACUUUCGGAUCCCUGACCCUCGUCUCAUGGCUUGGAUCAUCAUACCUCAUCGCCAACGCAGCUUGCCAACCUCUCUCCGGUCGUCUAACAGAUAUCUUCUCCCGUCGCUCCGGCCUCGUUGUCUGCAACAUCCUCUUCAGUCUUGGAACUUUACUCUGUGGAGUUGCAACUUCGAAAUGGAUGCUACUCGCCGGACGAGUCGUGGCGGGUAUGGGUGGAGGGGGCCUCAAUGCCAUAACGGCGUUUGUGGCUAGUGAUCUCGUGCCUUUGAGGAAACGAGGCGUUGUACAGGGCUUCGUGCAUAUUUGUUAUGGCGUCGGUGCUGGUCUUGGUGGGUUGUUCGGAGGCUGGAUCAAUGACCUCUGGGGUUGGAGGACAGCUUUCCUAAGUCGCGUCCCAUUGAUUGCCGUCUCCACCAUUCUCGUCUCGAUUACCUUACGCAAUACAACCACCAAACACAGUGAUAAGUCGAGAUUGUCGAGGGUUGACUUCUCGGGCGCUUUCACACUUUCUUUGACUCUUGUUCUGUUAUUGUUGGGCCUCAACUCUGGUGAAAAUCUUGUCGCAUGGAGCCAUCCUCUUGUCUUGGUAUCCCUGUCGCUUUCAGUGGCAGCCGCCGGGGCUUUUGUUCUCGUUGAGUCUAGAUGGGCGACGGAGCCCAUCAUCCCCAUGCACCUAUUACUUGAUCAGACAGUACUGGCGGCCUGUCUCAUGAAUUGCCUUGUGACUAUGGUCCUAUUCAUGGCUACAUAUUACGUUCCCAUUUUCUUUCAGGUCAACGGCUACUCCACAACAGCUGCCGGCCUUCGUCUCUUACCGCAAAGUAUAGGGACCGCUCUAAGUUCUCUCACCUGUGGCUUUGUCAUGAAGCGUACAGGGAAAUACCGAACCUUGGGAAUGGCCGUCAUAGCAUAUUCUGCUUUAGGCUUCGUUGGGCUGAGCACUAUGAAGAUCCAAACGCCGACUCCUCUCGUCUUGACUUAUGUCUUCCUGGUUGGAGUGGGAUAUGGUGGCAUGCUAUCAGUGUCACUACUCGCAACAGUCGCGGCUGUGUCACAUGAUGAUCAAGCUGUUGCAACCUCUGCCAACUACGCAUUCCGGUCCAUGGGUUCCACGAUUGGUGUCACGAUUGCGUCUGUAGUGUAUCAGAACUUGCUACAGCACGGCUUACAUCGACGCUUCGACAGUAAAGAAGGAUCUUCGAAGAUAAUAAAACGCAUUCUUGACUCUUUAGAUGAGUUGAAGCAGCUCCCCAGUGGGUGGAGUGACGGCGUUUACAAGGCAUAUGAGAUUUCAUUGCGAGGAGUCUUUUUGACUGCACUCGGCGUAGCCAUCUUCGGGCUGAUCGCAGCAAGCUUUAUCAAGGAGCACAGGUUACUUCCGACGAUUUCACGUGCAGACAACGAUUAA